CCUACGAAUGCGAGAACUGCUUCAGUCCGCGUUACAAUUAGUUCCGUCGUUAUUCGUAAAAUACGGACGAAAAAGAAAUCCCUCUCGCGAUGAUCGUCGUACAUUUUAUUCCAUUCAAAUAUCGAGAUUAAUACAAUAAAGGACGAACAAUCUGGUUUUAUUGUUAAUUGAAUGAACAAAUUAUAUCGUUCUUUCUUGUAAUAUCUGUAUACGCUCGAGAAAUGAAGAAUAGUGCCGUAACUCUAGCGCUAAUCGCCCUGCUGACCACGCUUGUCGGCGAUGUUGCUGCAUUGUGCCGAAAGAUCGCCAACGAUGAAAUGCUGGAGUACUCUUGCGAAGGUGGCCAGCCCAGCGAUUUGACAACCGUACCCGAAACGACUGAGAAACUGCGUAUCACCAGGAUGCCGCUCGGCAGAAUAACCGCCGACACGUUCUCGAGGUUUGGUGGGAAUCUCUGGGUGUUGAGUUGCUCGCAUUGCGAGAUCACCGACAUCGAUGCGGACGCUUUCCGGCAACUCGUUAAUCUUCAGCAACUCAGUUUAAACAACAAUUAUCUGACUACAGUGAAGGCAUCGUGGUUGGAAAGUCUCGAUUACCUGACGUACCUUGAUCUCAACUACAAUAAUAUACGUGAUAUCGAGGACGAUGUCUACAGGAAUCUACCGAGUCUCGUGGACUUUCGAAUAUCAGGAAAUCAACUACGCUGUCUGAAUCUUAAUGAAAUGUCGCACUUGAAAGAAUUGAAGCGCAUAUUCCUCAACGAGAAUUCUGACUUUGCUUGCCCGCAUGCCGUAAGUAAGUUUCUUGAGAAUCAAGGUGUCGCUUUCGAGCCAGAUCCCGAGUGGAGAAGAGUCGCCAGCGACACUAUCGAAGUCCCACCUAGCUACACGGAGGAAGAUCAUAGAAUCUUGCAUUCUGACAAGAGACCGGAACAUCCGGAUGCACCCUAUAUAUACCCUCCGACGAGAGAUAGGAUGUUUCAUCCGGAUCAACAUGCGGAGCAUCGUCAUCGUCACAGAAGACCAACCACCACUGUGCGACCGACAACGUUCAAGCAACAAAAUGAAAUACCGCGAGUGGAGCCAAGAUUCCCGUUAAGAACUUCUCCGCCGGAUUCAUUCUCGCGUCAGGUAAUGAUGCCUUAUCCACUUCCGACAUCGGAACCACUACCAGUACCGCCUAUGGAAUGGAGACCCUCGGAAGAUACCAGCACAUACCGAUACAUGGAAACCACCAACCACGGACUAUCGCAAACGGAACGCGUUUCAAUGUAUCCGCAACACGUUCCGACAUACGAGACGACACCUUAUCCGAAAGAUUCCGUCUUGGAGAGACUGCGAGCAUCAGGAUCCUCUAUAGCGGAUGAUCAUGAAACAACAAUGAAAUCCGAUAGAUCAUCCCAGGCGGGAAACACCUUAAUGCCUCCACUAUACGUUGCAACGUCCAACGAUCGGGAAGGAACGCCCCAAGGAUCCAACCAAGUGACACAUCCCAGCGAUUUCAACACAGUUGGAACUGCGGACUUUUGGUCCACCGACCACUCGAAUCAACAUCCAUACUGGACGCGUUACGAAUCCUCUUCCCCUCCUACUUUCAGUUUACCAUCGUUGCCUCCAAGCACCCCGGAUCUUUAUGGAACACCAUAUUAUGCAAGAUACGAUCCGCGUAAAAUGAUCGUGGACGAAUCAUCGAACACCAAUAAUGUUCCAAUUGCCACUGAUUCCUCUGACCAAGCGAAUCAAAGGGAAACUACGACGACGACGGAGUCCAAUGAGCGUCAGACUUUCGUCAGACCUUUCAUACCCUCAUCUCCGGAAUUGAUGUACCCACCUUCGUCGAAUUCGGACGAGUUCUAUCGAGCUCCGUAUUACGAGUCAGCACCGACUCUGCACCCGCCGUUGCAAGAUUAUCGAGAGAUAACGACUGUAAACGACGAUCUCAUGACGACGACAGACGAUCCAUUGCCCGAGUGUCCGAAAAGUUCGGCAGAUUCCUCGAGUAUCCGAUCAUGCAUCGUUGCGAUCUCCGUUAUUAUCACCGUCUUUGGACACGUCAUCGCAGAGGGAUUUUAAGUCUGGCACUUCUCUUGCCUCCUGCCGGAUCGAAACGAAUUCUUACGUGAAAUAAAUUCCGAAUAAUUAGAUAUACCAGGCGAAAGAAGAUUGAAUGUUUCGCUGAUUUAUAAUACAACGAAUAGUACAUUCAAACGUCGCGUUGUGCCAUGAACCUGAGCGCGCAUUUAUAUGUAUAUAUAUUAUAUAUAUUUAGUAUUAGAAUUCUUCUCCCACAUAUAGCUAUCGAGUACCUGCUUAAGGAAGCUUCAUAGAGCUACUAAUCAGAUAUUAUCAAGAGCGUGAUUAAGACACUUUUUUUCUAGAAUGGAAUUCUUAUACUCCGGAAACGGCGCUUGUCAACUGAACCUCAUGUUGGGCAAAGGAAGCAGCGGAAGCUGAACGUCUGGAGAAGAUGCUGAAAAUUGAGAACGAGGAAAAUGCAGCCGCGAACGAUCUCGCGCUAGUGAUUCAAAAUCGCAACAAGGCUCGCGCCGGUCAAUCGGAAAGUUUCUUCGAC